AUGAGCCCAGUGAGCUCGUUUGUCCUUCCCACAGAUUUGACGCCACUCUUUACGGUUCAGCAAGUGGUUUGUGCCUAUCCGAUCUCUGAUGCCUGGGCGGCGACCCCUCGGUAUUUAUACUAUGCCCUGCUUCUCGCCACUCUAGUUGUCCGGACUCGCUCAUGGCUCGUCCAAGUGUUCCUUGGAGCUGCAGCAACCUAUGCAGGCGUGGCAUCCAUCCAGGCUUUCAUCCUGAUAUCGGAUCCGUCCUACAUUGCGGAUGGCCAGCAAGUGUCAAUCCCGUUCGUUGACUCUGCUGCAGUGACAGGCAAUGCAACAUACGAAGCUCUUCCCAACCUAUGGACCGAUACAUCGUCAGUUGAGAUCUCCCCCGCUAUCAUGGAGCUCGAUAUCGAUGCUAUACUUGCAGUCGUCAUCACUGGCUACUUGUCAAUGCUACCUAUGCACUGCUGGUCCCAUACCGUCCGGGCUUACCGUGCACUCCAUCUCCUUGUUGGUCUCUGGAACCUCCUAAUGCUGGGCGGUAGUAUCUGUGCUCUCGUGCUCUGGCCCUCGCUGGAUUGGAACACCUUUCCCUUCCAGUAUCGCUUCUGCUAUCCGGACUACCCUGAUGGCACGAACACCAACAACGACGGUUGGAACGACAACACCUUCAGAGGCUCUUGGAACUCCACCGUGUGGUAUACCUUCCAGAAUCUGAGUGCUAAUCUGCAGCUCUCCGAUAACUGCCUGUACCCUUGCUUCUCCACCUCGCAAAUACUCCGACAGCAAUCCUCCGCAACAGCCAGUCUCAACACCAACAAAAAUCCACGAACCAGUAACAAUCUUAGCGAUGCACAGUAUAGACGUUUCGACGAGCUCACGUACUUUAUGUUCGGCGCGAUUGCCCUGUCUACCAUCAUCGCCCUCGUCCUACUGGCCUUAAAUGUGACUGGCCUUCGGCGCAUAACCCGAGUACCCGUCCAUCGCCCUCAGCUCCUGUGGAAAGUUCGCAAAGAGUUGUGGCACGCCAUCUCUCAGGACAUUCGAGCUGCUUUCACCAUGACACGGUCUACUAUGACUUCGCCUCAGCGGAAAUACCGCCUCUUCCAGGGAACCUCCCGCAAACGAGUGCAAGAGAAAGCCCUGUCCGGACUCCGGCUCUUCACAGAUCUGAUCGCGCUUCUAUGUCUGCUGUUGGCAACUGUCUUUGUUCCGCUCACAAACAUCGCCUUCAUCGUAUGGAUUGAGUGGUUCAUACAUCGUGAUCUUAUCAGCAAAGAAACUCCCAAGCAGGUCGGACAGUGGUCCAGUCUUGCGGCCGUUGCUCUGGUGCUCGUGUCAGCGCUGGUACUGAGAGCCAAGUACUACAUCGCCCCGAAGACCGAGAUCGAGGCAGACAUGGAGACUUGCAGAAAGAACCUCGCCCAUUUAGAGACCUUGUGGGAAGAAAGGCUUGCCAGAGAUGAUCCGCAGCGAGAGGGAAACACUAUAGAGUUGCUGCAGGCAGCAAUCCGAUCAUCAUGA